UGUUUUAAUAUGGCGGUGGAUCACAUUUAGAGAAGGUGGUGUGCGCGUCAUAUAUUUUAAAUUUCAUUUAAAAUGGAUAAGGUUUUAGUGCUUAGUAGAAAAUAAGUCACAUUUUUUUCACACACUGUUAAAUAAUAAGAACAUAAAUAUAUAUUGUAAUUAGUAAGGCGUCAACACGCCAUUUGGCGAAGUUUUUACCCAAGCCGCCGACAAACUAUAUUAUUAUAUAUUAUUGAUUAUUCAACCCAUGCCAAUAUGAUGAUGUAUACGGGUACAAGUACAGAGCAGGAUACUCGCUUCAGCGAUAAAGAAAAGAAACUCAUGAAGCAAAUGAAGUUUGGUGACUGCUUAACACAACAGGUUGACAUGUCGAAGGUGAAGCUAGACGUGCUGAAGCCGUGGAUAACUCAGAAGAUCACAGAAAUACUUAAGAUGGAAGACGACGUCGUGAUCGACUACGUCAACAACCAGCUCGAGGAGAAGUUCCCUUGUCCAAAGAAGAUGCAGAUCAACCUGACGGGUUUCCUGAACGGCAAGAACGCGCGGCUGUUCAUGGGCGAGCUGUGGGAGCUGCUGCUGAGCGCUCAGGCCAGCGAGAACGGAAUACCGGAGUCAUUCACGCAACAGAAGAAGGAGGAGAUUAAAAAACGCAUGGAGGAGCAACAAAAGGAUAAGGACAAGGAAAAAGACCGUCGCCGGUCACGUUCGAGGUCGCGGGACAGACGACGAUCCAGGGAUCGCCGCAGGUCGCGCACACGCUCUAGAGAUCGCUCUUCGGAUAGAAAACAUAGAAGUGGAGGCAGCCCUCGUCGAUCGAGAAGGCGCAGUAGGGACAAGAGCAGUCAGUCGAAGCCGUCGCAGGUUGACGACAUCAAAUUACCAGAACCAAAAGAAAACGGAAAGUCACCUGAAAAGAAGGAAGAACCGGAAGUGAAGGAGGAGGUCAACCACCAUCCUGAUACGGAGUCAUCUAAUGAACAAGCCAACGAUUCUGUCAAGGAAGAAAAAAAAGACGAUGAACCUAAAUCAAGAUCUGCUUCGGCCGAUAAAACUAUUUUGGAAAAACGUGAAGACAAACCAGCUGAUAAAACUAGAAAUUCUUCAAGCGAACGUCGCUCUACAUCAGCUUCAUCGCGUGGAAGCGCUAAAAAGCGAUCAUCGCACAAAAAGCGACAAUAUCGUUCCAACCGUGAUUCCUCAACCAGUGUCAGCCCGAGGCGUAGCUCUCGCAGGGAAAGGAGUAAAUCUCGUCACCGUAGUAGCAGACGACGUUCUAUAGAAAGACGUGAUAGAGAAAGAGAACGUGAGAGGGAAAGAGAUAGGGAGAGAGAACGAAGACGAAGAGAGAGGGAGAGGAGGGAAAGGUCGCGUGAACGUCGCCGAUCGCUCGAAAGACGUAGACGUUCUCGUACACGCUCUCGACGACGUUCAAGAGACAGAUCUCGUGACCGCCGUCGCUCUCGCUCCCGCCGCCGCUCCCGCUCUCGCCGCCGCUCGGGACGCUCCCGUGACAGACGAUCCAGGGACCGUCGCUCACGCGAUAGGCGAUCCCGGGAUAGAUCUAGAGACAAGAGAUCAAGGGAUAGGACUGUGAAGGAUAGAAGAUCACGAGACAGGAAAUCCCGUGAGAGAAGAUCGAGCGAUUUGAUUAAAGAGCGUUUAGAAAAAUCGGUUUCUAUCCCGCGUAAAGAAAAUAUUGAGAAGUUGCGUAAGAAGUCACCGGAACGCGUCUCAAUACCGAGGGAGCGUUCCAAAGAGCAUGUGUCAAGUUCUAGCAGGGAAUCAUCCGUGGCUAAUGAUAAAAGUGUUGUACAAAAUGAGACUCAAGAUAAACCGCCCCAAUCAUCUGACGACGAAGAGCGCGAUGACUUUAUCCCCGUCCCCGUGCUUCGAGAGUAUUCAAAGAGUCUAUCGCGAACACCCUCGCCAUUCCUUAGGAAACAUGAAAUGGAAAACAAUAAGAAAUCCGACAGAUCCGGCGAUGACGCAUCCGGCAGGGAACAGAAUGAAGAGGAAGUUAAAGUGCAGGAGGUGAAGAAAUCGAAACGUAAAGGACGUCAGUCGGAGUCGGAAAGCGAAAGCAGUGAGGGGCUCUCCAAAUCUAAGACUAAGUCCAAGCUUAAGCGUAAAGAAAAGAGUACAUCAAAGAAGUCGAAAAAACCGAAAAAGGAGAGUUCUUCCAGCGACAGUGAAUCUGAGGACUCUUCUUCUAGUGAUUCCGAAGAAGAUAGAAAGAAGAAAGCUAAGAGGGCAGGUAAAAAGAAAGUGGGAAAGAAGUCUAGGAAGAAGAGGGCUAGGUCCUCCAGUUCUGAUUCAAGUUCUGAAGAGGAGGUGAAACAUAAGAGUUCUAAAAGUAAGCAGAAGAACAUUCCAGAAGAAUCAGAUGCGGACAAGAAGUCUAAGAAGAGGAGUAAAGAUGCCAGUAUGCCACGAACCGAAAAAGGAGACGGUAAACUGGUUAAGUCCAAGAAAGUAGCCAAUUCUGAGGACUCGCGAGAUGACAGUUCUGACAGCGAUGAAAAAUCUGCUAAAAAGAAAGCUAAACAUGACUCUACAUCUUCGGAAAAGGAAGUAAAGCGUAAGAAGGCUGAAAUGCUUAAAGAAAAGAUUGCUUCCCCUGAAAUAAUUAAACCAAGAAAGAGCGAUGAUAAAGGUUCUAAAGCUAAACAUGCAGAUGAUGUGAAGCCUAAGAGCCGCGAAGAAACUGAAAAGAAAGCUAAAAAGAGGGAAAAAGAAGAUUCAUCGUCGGACAGUGAUCAGAUUUCAAAGAAGAAAGCUCGCAAGAAGGUUUCCGAUUCGGAAUCCGAUUCAGAAAGCGACGAACCUAAGAAGUCUAAGAAAGCUAAGAAACAUAAGAAGCAUUCAAAGAAGCAUAAGAAACACAAAAAACACAAGAAAUCGUCCAAGCGUAAAGACGAUUCAUCCGACAGUGACGAAGCGGAGGAGGAAGAGGAGGAAGACGGCAAAGUAAACAACGAGGACCUGGAAAAGAAACUACGCGAACGGGCUUUGAAGUCUAUGAAGAAACAAACGAGCGUGUCUGGCUCCGACUAAAUAAGAUUCGUAUUAAGAUUUACUGCUAAGGCCCCAUCUUUGUCCGACCAAGUUGCACGUCUGAUGAAACACAGUACAUACAUUUGCUAUUAAUGUACCGAUGAACAAUAUAAGAAGCCAGUCCUUUCAUAUCUCAAGUGUUGACAUAUUUUUUUAUUACAGAACAUUUUAUGUGUUUAUUUACGCUGGUAACUACGAUUUGAAGUGCAGUAGCAAAUAUGAUUUUAGUAAUAUGUGUAUGUCUUGUUUAGUAAUAAAAUUUGCUAAUUAUUCAA